CUCUUGAAAGGCAAGUCACAGUUCCCUCAUCUAUAAAAGGCAAAUUAUAACCCACCUCUGUGAGCCCCUAAAGGGAGAGCUUAGAGCCCUGCAGAGCGUGUGGCAUAUGGUAUGUCCUUAAAAAGCAUCAGUAGAGCAAAUGAAUACGUCACAAGGUUAUUGUGAGGCUCCCGGGAGUUCUGUGAGCUGUGUAGCUCCAUGGAGGUAAACUUGCUAAGUAUAAUAUAUGCUCUCCUAUACAGUUGGCAAGGAUGACUCUUACAUUUCCAAGGCAUUAAUUAUUAAUUGCAAAAAAAAGAAAUAUGUAACACAGACACUGGGAAGCAAGGUUGUCUCCUUACCUGCCCUUAGUACAGUGGGGCGGUGAAGUGCUGGCGUCUGGGAAUGUCUUUAUGUCAGCUUUUACUUAAAAGCAUUUCAAGACUUCAAGAAAAAUGCACAUUUCUGAGAGGCGUGUCUGUCUUAGCCCUGCCAAGUAUAGAAUGUGAAGCUGAGAUAGUUAUUGGUCUCAGUAUCUUGGCUGAACAUCCAGUGUAUCACAGCAUGUUUUGCUAAAAUCUUGAAUCAAUUGAAGAGAAGUAAGACACUUGAAAUUUUGAGAACUAGGCGACAUGUCCGAUACUUUUGAGAAAAGUGCUUUUCACACCUCCGUAUAGGACAAGAAGGUUUCUGCGUUUUUUGCUUAUUGGGUUAAUUUUUUGUAAUUUAGUAGGAAAGAAUGAAAAGGAAUAGUAUACAAGGGAGAAGUUUUAUAGAAAAGGAACACAUCCAUGGAACUGGAAGGAAUAGAUGAUUUUUAUUUCUAUUAUGCAUAAAGUGAUUUAGUGUUGGAUUCCUGAUGUAACCAGUAUCAAAGCUGCUUUUCCUGGCUGGGCGCAGCGGCUCACAGCUGUAAUCCCAGCACUUUGAGAAGCCAAGGCAGGACGAUCACCUGAGAGCAGGAGUUUGAGACCAGCCUGGCCAGCGUGGCAAGAUCCCGUCGCUACAAAAAAUGAAAUUAGCUGGGUGUGGUGGCACAUGCCUGUUGUCCAAGCUACUCAGGGAGGCGGAGGUGGAGGUGGGAGGAUCGCUUGAUCCCAGGAGGUCAAGACUGCAGAAAGCCAUGUUUGUGCCGCUGCACUUCAGCCUGGGAGAUCUUCUCUGGAUGAGCAAUGGUGGUGAAAAAUGUUUCGCAAAGGCAAGAAACGACACAGUAGUAGCAGUUCCCAAAGCAGUGAAAUCAGUACUAAGAGCAAGUCUGUAGAUUCUAGCCUUGGGGGUCUUUCACGAUCCAGCACUGUGGCCAGCCUCGACACAGAUUCCACCAAAAGCUCAGGACAAAGCAACAGUAAUUCAGAUACCUGUGCAGAAUUUCGAAUAAAAUAUGUUGGUGCCAUUGAGAAACUGAAACUGUCUGAGGGAGAAGGUCUUGAAGGACCCUUGGACCUGAUAAACUACAUAGAUGUUGCUCAGCAAGAUGGAAAGUUGCCUUUUGUUCCUCCGGAGGAAGAAUUUAUUAUGGGAGUUUCCAAGUAUGGCAUAAAAGUAUCAACAUCAGAUCAAUAUGAUGUUUUGCACAGGCAUGCUCUCUACUUAAUAAUCCGGAUGGUGUGUUACGAUGAUGGUCUGGGGGCAGGAAAAAGCUUACUGGCUCUGAAGACCACAGAUGCAAGCAAUGAAGAAUACAGCCUGUGGGUGUAUCAGUGCAACAGCUUGGAACAAGCACAAGCCAUUUGCAAGGUUUUAUCCACCGCUUUUGACUCUGUAUUAACAUCUGAGAAACCUUGAAUCCUGCCAUCAAGUAGAAGUCAGCUUCAUCUGAAAGUUCAGUUGUUUUCAAUCUGCAAUACUGAACUGUUACGGAAAUAAUGAAGUCACCCCUUGCUCUGGAUUUUCUGAAGAAAAUGCAUUGUGUGAAAUGCUGAUCAUUAGUUUAUUAAAAUGUGUCAUAUUACACAGUGA